AGAGCAAAACAGAAUCGAGAAUUCUCUUCAAUAAUCGUGUUGAAAUCCUUCAAAUUUCUUGGUUUUCAACCCUCAUAUUAACCCCGAUCGUGAAUCCAACUAUGGCAGAGUAUUGGCUCGUUUCUGCUCCAGGGGAAAAAACUCCUCAACAGACGUUUGAAGCUCUGAAAGCACGAAUGAUAGGGCUUUCUCCAGUGUGGAAAUUCUCGAUUCCUGAACUCAAGGUUGGUACUUUGGAUACAUUGGUUGGGCUGUCAGAUGACUUAAACAAGCUGGAUUUAUUUGUAGACAGUGUGACGAGGAAAGUAGCUCAUUAUAUGGUAGAUGUUUUGGAAGAACAUCAGGACCGAGUAAAAGAAAACUUGCUCGCAAAUGGACAGGAGUUAUCAAAUUAUGUCACUAAAUUCCAAUGGGACACAGCUAAAUACCCUAUAAAACAAUCCUUAAGAAAUAUAACUGAAAUCAUCAGCAAGCAAGUCACACAAAUAGAACAUGACUUGAAGUCCAAAGCUCUGGCUUACAACAACAUUAAAGGAACACUGGCAUCUCUUGAAAGAAAAUCCACGGGAAGUCUGCUCACAAGAAAUCUGGGAGAACUAGUUAAGAAAGAGCAUUUUGUUCUGGAUUCUGAGUAUCUGACAACAUUGCUAGUAGUUGUACCUAAGGUUCUCUUUGGUGACUGGAAAAACAAAUACUGGAAAUUAACAGACAUGGUAGUGCCAGAGUCUACCAAAUUAGUGUUUGAAGAUAAUGAACACGGCCUGUUCACUGUCACUCUGUUCAGGAAAGUCAUUGAUGAGUUUAAACUUCAUGCAAGAGACAACAAAUUCCUGGUUAGAGAUUUUGUUUACGAUGAGAAAGAACUUGAGGCUGGCAAAAAUGAAAUUUCAAAGCUUGAAACAACAAGAAAGAAACAAUUUGUAAGUCUUCAAAAUAUUUUGAUUUUCAUACAUGUCUGGGAAAAAACUAUACUUUUUGGAUAUCUUAACUUGGGCAAAAUUUUUUCCCUUUCGGAUUGUGUCAGAAAUGGGAAAAGAUUACACCCAAGCUGUUAUGAAUCUAUUAUUUUUUUCUAUUUAUUUUCCUUUCCAUUAAUUGUCCAUCAGGGUCCACUAGUAAGAUGGCUAAGAGUGAACUUUAGUGAAGCCUUUACUGCAUGGAUCCAUGUCAAGGCACUUACUGUUUUUGUGGAAUCUGUAUUAAGGUAUGGCCUUCCCGUCAAUUUCCAAGCUAUGCUCAUACAGCCAUCCAAGAAGACUCAAAAGAAGAUUCGUGAUGUUCUGAGUUAUGCUUACAGCCAUCUGGAAUCAACGUCAUACAACUCUGACAUAAAUGAUCUUCAGGUUGAUAUUCCAGGUUUAAUCAUGGCACAACAGGAAUACUUUCCCUACGUGUUCUACCAAGUCAAACUCAAUCUACUUGAUAAAUAAUCUUAUGAAUUCUGGUCAAAUUAUCCACCUUCUAUAUCUUCAUUAGCAUGGAAGCCAAGUAAAGAACUCUUAUUGUUAUUGAAGCGUAGGUAAAGCAAGUUCUGAUCAAUAAAUAAGGGAACUCAUUGGAAAUGCUAAAUAAAUGGCUCCCUGUUUCAAACACUUUAAAUUGACUAGAAUUGCCAAGUUUCAAUCAGCUGAUAAGAAAGUCUUUAAAUCUCAUUAUCUGCUCUAAAUAGCAGGCACACACUGACCACCAUGUGCUGUCAUCCAGAAGAAUGCUACUGAAAAAUUAUGAUCCAGCUGAUGAUUAUUCCACAUGAGACAGGAAAUUAUGUCAAAAGAUAUCGAGCAAUAUUAUUAACAUUGUUAUUAAUGUUACUACAUGAUGUAGUACCUAUUUCAAAGGGAAAGUAAAAUGUUAGUGGGAUUCUAGUUGUCCUGAAUCACCUUUUGGGGGCUAAGCCUGAAAUGCGGACUAGAAUCUUACUUUUAUUUUAACUCCCCAGUGUGAUCGUUAUUCAGACUUCCAGUAUCAAACACCUCAAACAUUUUGUGAUAACAAGAUACCAGUGCACAAGCAAUGCAGACUAGAAUGUCCUGAAAUGCAAUGCAGACUAGAAUCUUACCUUCAUUUUAACUCCCCAGUGUGAUCGUUAUUAAGUCUUCCAGUAUCAAACACCUCAACCAUUUUGUGAUAACAAGAUACCAGUGCACAAGCAAUCUAGUUACUAAAAAUUCUGCUACCAAAUCCAUGCUUUAUUCUCCAUAAAAAGUAGCAUAAUCUUUUUAUUUUUGAACUGUACAAGAGAUUCAUAUUCUUCAAUUUUGAGAACAGACACAUUUUAUUAUUCUGCUACUAAAAAACUGUCUUGUUCUUAGUUUGUCUUCUUCAAAACAAGACACAUCAACAUUAACAAAAUUAAUAUUACUGUCUUUACUCAAGUGAAUGUAUAUGUAAAUAAGAAUUAUCUAGGGAAUGUUAUGAUUGGGGUAUACUUAAGGUGGUGUUACACAAGACGAUUUGCAACGAAUAUUUUUCGCACAACACCGUUACAUUAAAAGUUGGCCUUGUGUAGCAUGGCACACAGUUUCGAUUUUUAGCAAUAUUUUGUUGAGGCAACAUGCUGCAGGUUUUUGAAGGAGGUUUAAAAACUCAUAACAUUGUUGCUAUCAGUAAUUUUGUGUUGCCACGAAGCCACCUUUUAAUGCAACAAUGAUGUGAUGUGUAACAUCACCUUUACAAUUGCUUUUAUUUCCAAGCAAGGCCACUCUGCAAAUAGUCAUUCAAAUUAGCCAAUCACAUUUGAGUAUUUAAACAAUGAAAUUCUUUUAAAUUGUAAUGGACCUAUCUCAUGUGACGGCCAUCUUGGCUUGGACAAUAGAUUCACCUGCAGCCUCGCAUUCAGGUGCUUCAGAAUGACAACUGAAUUAUUAUUUCAAUUUCAAUAUUAUUGAGAUGCUUUAUUAACAGUAUGUGUGGUAGAAUUGGUAGAGGUGGCCUUCCUUGGUAUAGUCAGUCAUUCAAUAAAAUUCUUCCUAAAGAUGCUAUUGCUAUUUCUCAGGUGUAGGUAUUAAUAACAAAUAGAUAUCUAAUAAUUUAUAAUGAUUAUUACUAAAGUUUGCAGACAUUAGGGAAUUAAAUUUUGCUGAAAAUAUUUGUGAACAUUGAAAAAUAAAAAAAUGUGAUAUA